AUUUUGGGGGCGGCACACAGCGGGACCGGCCCCUCCUCCGUGCCCGCUCCGCCGCGGCCGUGAAGGGCGGCUUGGGCUGGGCCGGGCCGGGGUGGCCCAGCCUCCGCACACGGUUCGUAUGCUUGGCCCUUAGAGGCAGCCCGGCGGGAGGAGAUCCCGGGAGGGUGGUGGCGAGAUCAUGGUGCUGUUGGGAAAACUCCUGCAGCCGGGGUGCAGCCUGAGUAAGGCGCCGGGUGCCUGCAGACGCUUCUGGGGAUGGCUGAAUGCCGUCUUCAACAAAGUGGACUACGAACGUAUACAGGCUGUUGGCCCUGACAGGGCAGCUUCAGAGUGGUUGCUGAGAUGUGGUGCCCUGGUGCGCUAUCAAGGCCACCAGAAAUGGCAGCAGGACUACAAUGGCCUCCCCACAGGGCCCUUGGGCAAAUACAAGAUCGAAGCAAUUCACGCCCUGGACUCUUGCAUCAUGUACAGAGGAUUUGACUAUCUAGAUGGUCUUGAGCAUGUUACAGAAAUCAAGCUACAGAAGUGUAUUUACAUCCAAGACCAGUGCAUGCAGAGGCUCAGUGAGACGAAGAACAUCCAGAAGAGUCUCCUUCAGCUGUGGAUUAUUUCCUGUGGGAACGUCACAGAUAAAGGCAUCAUUGCACUUCACAAGCUGACGAACCUUCAAUAUUUGUAUCUGAGUGACCUUCCUGGAAUAAGAGAGAAGGAAACCACCAUCCGCAUCCUUCAGCAGGCACUGCCAAACCUGGAGUUGGAGCUGGAUUUGGAAUAAACACAACUGCAUGUAA